AUGGCUCAUCGAAUGAGUGACAAUGCAAUAGCAUCUGCCCUUGUGGAAGAAAGUGACGACGAAUUGGAUGAGCUCUUUUUACCUGGAAGCGAAGAUGAAUCGGAUCAUUUGAGUGUGCAGUCUGAAUGUGAAAGUGAAGAAGAAGAAAUUACUUCGGGUGGUGAGUUUUCUAGUUCUCGUCAGUUUUGUAUGGGUAAAGACUGCAAAACUAAAUGGCUAAAGGAACCGCAAAGGACUAAUAUUCGUACAAGAAAUGAAAAUAUAAUUACACAUUUACCGGGAGUAAAGAGUCAAUAUAAAGAUAAAAAAACUCAUUUGGAAUGUUUCGAAGCAUUUAUUUCCAAUGAAAUACUAGAGUAUUAUUUAUUAAUUUUUUUACUGAUGAGCAUUUCGGUCAACGGACAGAACAAUGCCGAUGGGAGCAGGAGACAAAGGCGCUAUUUACUUUUCACUCCCAACACCCAAUGGGGCGUCUUUGUGACAGUAUCGAUACCAUUGCAUCCUGAGACAACGGUUAGCGUCGCCUGGUUCUUCGAAGCCAAUUACUAUAACGUGGCUAACGCUACGUACUUUGAGCCUUUAUUGGGAGAUACUAUGAUUCCUACUAAACGAAACCAGAGAAGUGUGGAUAGUUUUUCACAAGUUCUUACUCGCAAGCGUCUUUACGUUUUUAUUGAAUCUUUAUUGGAAAAACACGGCUACUCCGGGCGCGCUUGCUUACUCAGAGCUAUUUGCGAGGGUACUACCUCGCAUUUCUGGCAUAACGGCGUACUGGGAGACGUGCUUCACUUAAUACUUACACCCUCGACCUCAAUAUCCGAAAUCGACGUAGAAGACUGUUAUUAUGAAGCGGAAUAUAAUGGCUUAGAAGAACAAUGCGAAUACUACUUCAAUGAAUGUCCUGACAGCCCCUUAGAACUAAUUUCGAUGUAUUUAUAA